GCAGCAUGAGGGGAACCGCCGAGAGCCGCUAGCGGCGCCGCGGGACACGGUGUUAGGAACCAGGCUGAAGAUCCUCGGCAUGAGCGCGAAGGUUCUGCUGGAGGGAGUUUCUGCGUCUCUGAGCGGCGUGGCGGACACGGCGGAGGGGCGGCUGACCGUGUUCAAGGAGGAGCCGGUGGGAGAGGAGGAUGGAGGCGGUGAGCUGCUGUUCCAGGGGAGGAGCUCACCUGAGCUGCAGACCCACGGAGAUCGGCAGUACGCGGCCACUUUACGCACGUUCACCGGGCGGUUCUCCGUGGACUCCAGGGGGGCAGGAGCGCCGUGGGCACCGGGAGACCCCGUCAACGUGGUCAGCGCUGACAUCUCCGCAGCCGCGCCGGAGCCCGGGUCCGCGCCGGAUAUUUACGCACCUGGAGGAGGAGGUGGCAUGGCGCACGGCCCGCCGGACAUCAGCCACAUGUACGCGCACCCCCACCCCGCCCCGUCCUACUCCUGCAGCGGGGAGAUGUACCAGGACCAGUCCGCCUCGGGAUACCUGGCGCCGCCCACCUGCUCCGGGUCCUACCACCCCCCACAGCACUACAGUUCCGCACCCAAACCCGGCGCGGACGGCCCCGCGCUGCUGUCCAUCAUGCCCGAGUACGGCGGCUUCUACCAGCAGAGCUGCCAGCGGGACCUCCAGUCGGCCUUCCCGGACCGGAAUCUCCCGUACCCGCUGGACCCGCUCAGGGUGCCGCCGCCGCUCACGCCGCUCAACACCAUCAGGAACUUUACGCUGGCCGCGCCACCCGCGGCCGUGGAGGGCCCGAUGUCCGCAGCGUUCUCCACCCACCAGAACCUCCCGCUCAGGCCCAUCCUGAGACCCCGGAAGUACCCGAACCGGCCGAGCAAGACGCCGGUCCACCAGCGGCCGUACCCGUGCCCCGCGGAGAGCUGCGACCGGCGCUUCUCCCGGUCCGACGAGCUGAGCCGACACCUGCGCAUCCACACCGGCCACAAGCCCUUCCAGUGCCGCAUCUGCAUGCGCAACUUCAGCCGCAGCGACCACCUCACCACGCACAUCCGCACGCACACCGGGGAGAAACCGUUCUCCUGCGAACAGUGCGGGAGGAAGUUUGCACGCAGCGAUGAGCGGCGGCGGCACAUGAAGAUCCACCUGCGGCAGAAGGAGAAAAGAUCCUCCGCCUCCUAAUGAUCUCACAGAAAAUGUCGUUUUUUGCUAAAAUCAUCUCGUUAUUUAUGAACUUGAUCUGCAAAGUGAGCAGAAAGUUUAGUUUAGAUGACAGAAUAGAUUGAGCAGCUAGAAGAGACUCGGGUUCUGGUCCAGGACCUUCCUGUCUGGGUUCUGAUGCUCAGGGAUCCAAACAGCCCAGAUUGGACACAUCAUCCUCCAGCAGCUCAGGUGGUUCAGCCUCUGGAUGCUGAAUGUUUCAGUUCUUUGCUCAGGAAGGGAACUGGAAGGAUGAUCCGACUCCACGUUUUACCUGAUGAAUGUAGAAGUCAGAGUCCAAACAGAGUUCUUAUGCAAACGUGACGAGCACUAAAGCAGCUUCUUG